AUGGUAUAUCUAUAUCUCGUGAAUUAUGCUGAGAGCAAUUCGGACUUGGCGAUCCUCGCCAUCAACACCCUCCAAAAGGACUGCCGGGACGAUGACCCCAUGAUCCGGGGAUUAGCGCUUCGUUCGCUUUGCUCCCUGAGCUUGGCGAACAUGGUGGAGUACCUGCAGCCUGCCGUGCAGCGAGCACUGGAGGAUGUCAACGGCUAUGUGAGGAAGACGGCAGUCAUUGGAGUGGUGAAGCUGUUCUACAUCUCUCCCUCAGUGGUCAAUGAGACCGAGCUGCUGCCUUCCUUGAAGCGGCUGGUUGGCGACAGCGAUGCCCAUGUGGUGUCCAACACCAUCUCGGCGCUGGAGGAGGUGCUUGCUGCGGAGGGCGGCUACAUGCCCACGGAGGAAGUGAUCACUAGCCUGCUGAACCGCAUCAUGCAUUUCUCCGAGUGGGGUCAGUGUGCCAUCCUGCGGCUCCUGAUCAAGUAUUCAGUGGCCAAUGAGUCGGAGAUGUUCGACAUUAUGAACAUCUUAGAUGGUCUGCUGAAGCAGUCGAGUUGCGCCGUGUUCCUGUCCGUGACAAAGAUCUUUAUGGACUUGACCAGCACCCGGCCUGAGCUGCAGCAAGACGUGCUGCAAAGACUGAAGGGCCCGCUGCUGACGAUGAUGUCCUCCAGCAGCACGGAGCUCGCCUACACCGUUUUGGUGCACAUCCACGCACUGGUUAGCCGAGGGCCACGUCAGGUGGAGGUUUUUCAGGCUGACUUCAAGCAGUUCUUCACCCGCUACAACGAGCCUUCGUACAUCAAGCAGAUGAAGAUUGACAUCCUCACAUUGCUUGCAGACUACAACAGUGCAGAGCACAUCGUCAUGGAGCUGAGCGAGUACGUCACGGACGUGGACGCAGAGAUCGCCCGCCGCGCGAUCCGCGCCAUUGGCUCCAUCGCGGUGCACAUAACAUCCACCUCGGAGAUGAUCGUGAGCUCGCUCUCGAACCUGCUCGAGCUGGAUAUUGAUUAUGUAUGCACCGAGGCCGCGGUCGUCAUGAAGGACCUCGUGCGGAAAUACCCCGAGCAGUUUCAGCAAGCCUCGGGGGCCGUGCAGAAGUGCCUGAAGAUUGUCAGCGAGCCUGAUGGCAAGAGUGCACUGCUGUGGAUCCUGGGUGAAUACGGCCUCCUCAUUGAGGACGCUCCAUACCUGCUGGAGCCCAUGAUUGAUAGCUUUAUGGAGGAGGUUGGCGCGGUGCAACUGGAGAUGCUCACGGCGACAGUGAAGCUCUUCUUUUGCCGGCCACCAGAAGUGCAGAAAAUGCUGGGCUGCCUGCUGCAGAAGGCCAUCCAGGAAUGCACACACCCGGAUGUCCGGGAUAGAGCGCUCCUCUACUACAGGCUAUUGCAAGUCUCUCCGGAGGAGGCGCGCAGGGUGAUCUGCGCGCCCAAGGAGGUGGUGGAGGAGUUCCAGGAAGAGAUGGACGCGGACCUGAGAGACCGGGUCUUCGAGGAGUUCAACUCGCUGAGCACUGUCUACAAGCAGCCAGCUUCAAAGUUCAUCCAGGUCUCUGGCAGCCCUUUCGUGGCCAUGAAGAUGCCCCCGCCGCCGCUUCCAGAGGGUAUGGAGCCGCAGGUAGCGCAACCCAAGGAAAGGUCUCCGCAAAGCUUGGAAACCACCAACCUGCUGCUAGCUUGA